AGCUUUUGAAAGCUGCCGAGGAAGGACAAAUUUUUUAAGGGGAAAGGAAAGCACUUGCACCCACCUUCUGAGACUCUGCCACACACAGCACAUUUGUUCAGGAUCCUGACAUAAAAGACUAGAGCAGAAACUGAGAUAUUUUGGGAAAGAAGCAACAACUGUUCUGGGUCCAGAAAAAUGGAGUAGAAGUUGCAGCUCUUAGCUGUGCAGGUAUCUCAGACUCUUCAAGGUGCAUGACAACACAUGAUUUUAUGGCAGGAAACUACCAAGCUCAAGUUGCAAUAUAUUGUGGCAGCAUCCCCAAACUAAAAUCUGGAUGCAAGUCAUCUAGAGGUGGAAGCAUUGAUUCUACUUUGCAGCUCCAUGGAAAUCGAUGGGUGACCACAGAUGAGGCCUCAGUUUUAAAAACACAAUCAUGUUUAUGGGGAAGCAAAGGAGAACCUCCAGAUGUUUCUUCCCUGGAGAGCUGGGACAGUAGAAAUGGCCUCCAGAAGAAUACAGACAGCACAAUCAUGAAUGGCUCUUCACAGACACCUAAUGCCCAGCCAAAGUACAGUUUCAGCAAAUUGGAGAUAAACAGUGCAGCCAUGGAGACUGCACAAAUCAAGGAUAAGCUCAAAAAAAGAAGAAUGUCCGAAGGCCUACUGGCAUCAAAAAAAGGCUUGCUGGACAAAGCUGUUUCCAAGGAACCUGACCUGAAACCAGCCAUUUCCAGAUCUGCUUCUCAAAGACUGCUGGUCUCUUCCAAGCCUAUGCCUCCAAUUCAGAGCAUACCAGACACCCCAGAGACCAACAGAGCUCAAGAAACAGAGCAACAAGCUAGAGAGAAUACUUCGGGCUCUUUACAGGUUGAAGGGGUUAAUGCAGAAUUAACAUCCACCCAGCAGAUCAUUAUUAAAGUCUGGAAAUGGUGAAGACAACAACCAAAAAACACUAGAAACUGGAUCGUCUGAACCUGCUUUCCAGAAUGGCUUUCCUGCACCUUGCAAGGUUGUUGGGGGAUCACUGGCAUCCGUAUUGCCACUAGCCACCUCCUACCUCUGUCUGGCCAAGGAAGAUUUGCUUUCAAAUCCUUACCUGUUAAAAGAUGAUGAAUGGAAAGAGAGCAAUGGAAGGGUAUGUGUCUGUUUUCAUCUUUUUGCUUUUUGGCAUGAAGGCCAAGGUGAAUGUAAAGCUUGGCAUUUAGCAGGAGGAAGUAAAGAAAAUAUUACAAGAAGGACUGAAACUGGCAGAAAGGGAUACUGGGAAUGUUUUUUGGAAGAAAUUUGUAAAGAUGCUCAGAGAGAUCUAAUCAUGCAUGGUCCUGAUGAGAAUCCAAAAAAGUCUUUAGGAGCUGCUUUGAUCCCACCCAUCCCCAAGUUAGCAAAGGCAUGUGAAGAAAAUUCUCAGAAGGCUGCAGAACUUUUUCCAAGCUUGCCACGGACAGAAUGUGCCCCACUUGCUAUAGAUGAGUGUCCCAAAACAAGGUGCAGCCCUGGUAGAGGGAAGCCACCUGUCAAAUCCCGAACCCAGGGUUUGCCAUACCUGGGGAAGGGACCCCUGCAAUGGUGGUGGGAGACCGUCCCGACCAAAGGCUGCAGUGGCAAAGAUCAUGGUGCCAACAAACAGCUGAUCCCAACUGGACGAGAUUCAGGCAAUGAUCAGCUCUUUGGAGGAUCCAGUUGGCUUAAUCACAAUGGAGCCACCCCUGUCACCCUCAACCUGAGCAACCCUUGCAGAGCUUCUGUUGGGAUGGCCUUAAGGAAACGAGUGAACAGGCCCUCAUUGCCCAGCAUCCCUGUUAUCAGCCAAGAGAGCAACUUCCUGAGACACGCGUCAGCUAAUUCCCUGCCGGCAAAUCUGCAACACUCUCCAGAAUGGGAAGAGGACCUUGUAAAUAGGGAUGCCUUUGAGAUAAGACCCUUGUCUCAUCCAGAACACGAAUUAACUGAUGCUCUCAAGUGGCUCAGUAGCAAUGAUUGGCACCUGAAGGAGAAAGGGCUCUUCAACAUCAUAUGCUUGGCUACCUGCCAUUCAGAAGUUCUGCAGGGUAGACUUCAUGAUGUUUCCUUGGCAGCUACAAAGGAGGUUAGCAACUUACGAUCUAAAGUAUCAAGGUUUGCUAUUGGGACACUUGCGGAAUUGUUCAGAGCUAUGAAGAAGCACAUGGAUCAAGAGGUUGAGGAGAUUUCUCGAGUCCUGCUUCAGAAGGCAGGUGAUACUAGUGAUUUCAUCCAGAAAGCAGCUGACCAGUCCUUGGGGAUCAUGGCACAGAGUGUGACUCCUUCGCGAGCAAUGACAGCCCUCAUGGCCAAUGGAGUGACCCACAGAAACCCUCUCAUUCGAAAAUGUGCUGCUGGACAUUUACUGACAGUCAUGGAACAAAUUGGGGCUGAGAAACUGCUUUCGGGGAACCGGGAGAGUACAGAGUUGUUAGUACAGACAUUAGUGAAGAUGGCUCAGGAUUGCCAUCAAGACACAAGAUGUUAUGGCCGGAAGAUGCUGAACAUGCUUAUGUGUCACUCAAAAUUUGAUGGGUAUUUGAAACAAAAUGUACCAUCACAUGACCUGCGGGAUGUCAUGGCUGCAAUUAAACAAAAAGGGACAGAAGAUUCAGCCUCCCAAGCUACUUCUGCCAAAAGUUACCGAGGAUCAAAGAAUGGCAGUUUGACAAUCUCACUGGACAGCCUAUCUUCGGCUGAAGGGUCUACCUUAGAUGUUCUUAAUUUUUCGCAACCUUCAGCUCGUUGCUCUUCACUUCGCAACAUAGAAGUAAUGGAACAGCUGAAGGAGCUGAACAAACUGCUUGUGGCCAAGGAAUUUCAGAUUCGAAUACAUGGGAUAGCCUUACUAAUGGACCAUUGCAAGAAGAACCCACACUUUGUCUCUUCAAAUAUUGUGCAGAUUUUUGAUACUUUUACACCGAGGCUUCAAGAUUCCAACAAGAAGGUGAACCAGUAUGCAUUAGAAUCAGUUGUCUCCAUGAUUCCAGUGCUUAAAAACGGCUUUAAUCCAGUCCUGUUCUCUGUGAUGACUAUAGUGAUGGACAACUUAAACUCAAAGAAUUCGGGGAUUUACAGCGCGGCAGUAAAGGUUCUGGACACAAUGAUUACUUACUUAGACAACCUGUUGCUGCUUCAAAUAUUUGCUAGCAGGGUGCGUUUUCUCACUGGCCGAGCUCUGCAGGACAUCACGGAUCAUCUGGCAGGUCUUGUGGCUGUUGCCUAUCCACGAAAGCCUCAAGUUGUGGAACGUCUCAUCCUUCCUGUUCUCUGGUAUUUCCUGAAUAACAUGAUUGGUAAUGGGGUAUUACCUGGGAAGAGUGGAAACGUUAGAACUGUGGUCUCUAAACUGGCUCAAAGCUUGCACAAACAAAUGGGACUGAAACUUGAGGAAUAUGUUUGCAACCAACCACAACAUGUGAUCAAACUUUUUCAAGAUCUUUUAGAUAUGGAUCGUCAAUGAAAAAAACCUGCUACUAUAUCUGGAACAAUUAUAGUGGGACAUUUUAAAGAGAAGCAAAAAAUGGAUAAUGAUACAGAACUUGCCAUUACUUAACUUUUUUAUUUUUGAAGCGUAAGAGUCUCCUGUUGAAAGCUUUUAGUAAUUAUGCUAAAAUGGAAAAUGUAUAUAAUAUAUUUUGCUGUAGAAUUAAAUCAUCUAUUUUUUUAAGGUUUAAGCUCCACCACUUUUGAUCCAUAGAGAUUUCAUCAAUGAUAAAAAUGCAUAAAUGGCACAAAUGUAACUUUUAUAUGUGUAAAAACAGAAAAUAAUUUAUGUAAAAUAUAUCAAUAUUGUGUGAUAAAGUGAUAGAGGUAAACUUUAAACCAUAAUACUUCCUCUAUCUCUAUGGAUUGCCAGUUAGGGAAGAUGGAUUACAUGAUCACAAAAAGAUGCAAAUACCAAUUAGUGGUAGCUUCCAAACUGUCAUGUAAACUGCCCACUAAAGUUAUUCCUUAGAUGGUUACUGGGGAAAAAAUUGUGAAGGGAAGAAGAGGAAAUCUGAAAUAUAAAUGCUUGGCACAAAAUGUGUAAGAAAUAUUUCAAACAAUAUUUACCUUCCAUUCAGUUGAUCUGUUAUAGAGCUGCUGAUACACAGUUUUUCCACUUAGCACUGGCAUAGUAUAUUCUCAUUUCUUUAUUUUUUUUAAAAAAGCCAUCAAGGAGAAAAAAAUGGACCACCAUACAGUGCCUCUUAUCAGAUUGGUUUGGUUGCUGUUUGAAAGAACCAAGAAAAUCUGAUUUAUCUCAGUUCCUUAUGUGUUAGGAACUGGAGAUAAUAUAACUUGUCACUACUUUCCAUUCAUUGUUUUUGAAUCUGCCUCUCCUCACUUAAUUAGCAAAGUAUCUAUAUAACGCUUCCUAUAGUAAUACAACACAGUAGAGUGGUUUGGAAUAUCUGGAAUUGUCUGGUUGUACUCCCAAAGCAUUAGCCUUUGACAAUGAUUUCCACAUUCAUUCUGAAAUACUAGAAAACAAAAUUAAUCCCUGUAGCAUUUCUAUAUGGACAGCUGUCACUUGCUAACAUGGCAUGAAUGUCCAUCAUCAUUAGAUCAACAUUUUUUUAAAAAAAGUAAAAUGCAUUAAUUAUUAAAAAUACAUUUUAAAUUUCCUUUAUUUGCAUUUCCAUUUUGAUCCUCUGUGUUCAAAGGCAAUAACUGUCAGCCCAAAAGGAUAGAUCAAGAAAUCAAUGCCAUAUCGGUCAAAAACUACUUUUAUUAGAACAGCUAUAAUAACAGGCUCUUGCAAGUCUGAAUGUGCUUCUCACUCUCUCAUUUUAUCUCCAUGUGAAUUAGGGAUGGGCUUAUCUGAGACAUUUUCUCAGAUUAAUUUCUUGGAAUGGAUUUAAGGCACGUUUAUCUGAUCAUUGCCUUGGAAAUGGACCUUUCCUUUAUCCUUCAAGGCCAUUCCCCGUUGCCUUUACAUCAGUGGUCUGUUUCUAACCGGUUUACUACCAGUUCACUGAGAAGGCGUUUUGCACAUGCGCUGCACGCUUCACUCACACACGUUUGUGCGCUGCACAUUACUGUGCAUGUGCAGUUGACUGAAAACUGUUCUGCGCUUAUGCAGAAACAUGCAGCAACAGCAGAAGAGACCG